AUGGGAUCCUACAUCAGCACAGAGGCGCACACUCAGGCAGCUGAUGACAGCGAGACGAAGGAGAUGCAGGACUUUCUCAGCGAGCUGCCGUCGCAGCAUCUCGAGCCGCUGUGGUCGCAGAUGAACGUCAUGGUGCCGCCGAGCCCGAACCCCACGGCCAAAGCGCACAUGUGGAAGUACGCCGAGGCGCUGCCGCAGCUGCAAAAGGCCGGCGCGCUCGUGCCGGAGGAGAGAGCCGAGAGGCGGGUGCUGAUGCUGGUGAACCCGAGCAUGCAAUCCCCCUACACGACAGACACCAUCUACGGCGGCCUGCAGCUCGUUAACCCGGGCGAGACGGCGCCGGCGCACCGCCACCUCGCGUUCGCGUGCCGCUUCAUCAUUGACGGCGAGGGCUUCACGGCCGUCGAGGGCAAGAAGAUGCCCCUCGUCCGCGGCGACGUCGUCACGACGCCCAUCUGGCACUGGCACGACCACGGCAACGAGAGCAGGGAGCCUGUCAUCUGGCUGGACAUGCUGAACUUGCCGCUGUUUCGCUUUGCGCCGGUGCACUUUGCCGAGGGCUACGCCGACCCGCGGUACCCCAGCACACCCUGCGACCCCUGCGAAUGGCGCCAUCCUUGGGCGCCCGUGGAAGAGGCCCUCAACGCCGCCGCCGGCCCCCACGCCGUGCACCACUACCGCAACGCCGACGGCAGACCCCUGUCCACGACCCUCGGCGUGCAGGCCGAGCGCCUGGCGCCCGGCGCCGAGGCCGCGUCCCGCGACAGCUGCUCGUACAUCUACCACUGCUACGAGGGCACGGGGCGCACCGAGGUCGAGACGCCGGCGGGCGAGAAGAGCGUGUUCCGGUGGACGGCGCGCGACACGUUUGCCGUCCCGGCGUGGUCGUCGGUGAGGCACGUCAACGAGUCGCCGGACCAGAGGGCGUACCUCGUUGCGUGCCACGACGCAUUUCUUUCUGACGCCCCCAAGGCCAUCGGGCGACGAACAACGUCCAUCUACCGCCAACGGGACGGCAGCAACGCCAACAUGGCCGAGAUCGUCGGCCUCGUCGCCAGCAGCAUCGCCCUUGCCCAAGUCGUCGGCAAGAUCGGGGGCGGCGUGCUCAAGCUGAAGCGCAUGUGGGACGAGGUCAAGGAUGUGCCUGAGGCGAUCCAGGAUCUGUUCAAGCGCCUCGAACUCAUUCUGCCCAUGGUCGCCCGUAUUGCUCGAGAUAUUGAGACGGGUGCAACUUUGUUUGAAGACAUGGAAGCCGUCGAGUCGUGUAUCCUGUCCUGUCAGCAGGUUAUUUCGGACGAGGCGACCAUGAUGAACGAUCUGAUUGUACAGAUUGAUGCGACAAAACGGGCAAGACGAGUGAGGGAUUUUGUUCGCGUGGCUCUGAAGCGGGAUGUAUUGGAACGACACGAGAAGAAACUCGAGGUUAUGAUUCAGAUCUUGCUGCCCGUGCAUUCCGAGUAUUCCAGGUUCGUUGGCUAUCCCAACCUGCGCCGCUGGGUGCAAGUUGCUGAUGUCCGUUCAGGGCCUGCACCAAGGCUAUCCCGACGGCCGUUGUCCAGCAUCUGUCAGCCUCGGGAUAUGUAG